AUGGGAACGAAGACAUUACCGCUUUUAUUUACCGAUAAAGCAAAACCAGUUAAAAUACAUCAUACGUGUGAAUUACAACAAUUAUUUCUUAUUUCUAGGCAUGGCACUCGGUAUCCUACUGAUAAUGAUAUUACCCUUUUUAAUGAAUUAGAAAAAAUCUUUCAAAAUGUUUCAUACGCAAAAAAAUGGUAUAAAAAUCCAUUCCCGUUAGAGAAACAAGGAUUUUUAAGUAAAAGAGGUGAAAAGGAACUCUAUAUGAUGGGGAAAAGGUCACGCAAACGUUAUCAUAAGUUUUGGAAUAAAAAUUUACCUUACGACCCAAAUGUUAUUUCAUUUCAAAGUACAUCUGUAGCUAGAACUAGUAUGUCUGGGUUUGCUUAUUCUCUUGGUUUAUUAAAUGGAGAAGGCAUUUUAGGAAAAGAUGAAUCUCAAUCUGUUUAUAUUUCAUCUACUCCAAGGACCCAAGACGAAGAAUUAUUGAUGCAUAAUGUAUGUCCACGAUGGUUGGAAACAAUUGAAAAAAACAACGUUGUUCUUGAAAAUGAAAAAGCCGAAUUUAACGCCAAAUAUUUAUCCAAAAUCGCUAAUCGUAUAUCAGAAUCAUAUCAUAUUACACCAGAACUUUCACCUAAACAAGCUGAAGCCAUAUAUAAGGCAUGUGCUUUUGCUGUAGCAUUUUAUGAUGAAACAAGAACUUGGUGUUCGUUAUUUAACCAAAAUGAAAUAUUAGAGAUAGAAUAUUAUGGUGACUUGUUAGAUUAUUAUUUAUUCUCUUAUGGUAAUGAAUUGAAUGAAAAAUUAGGUUGUAGACUAGUAAGUAAUAUCAUUAGUAAUAUUGAUAAGUACUUAGUGGGUAAUUCUACUUUAAAAGCUGAUUUGAAAUUUGCUCAUGCUGAAUCUCUUCAAUUCUUAACAACAAUCUUGGGAUUGUAUGAAGAUGCAGUUCCAUUGACAGUUAAUUCACUUCCUGAACAUAUGUUUAAAAGAAAAUUUAGAACUUCAGUUCUAUUUUACUUUUCAUCAAAUGUGUAUUUUGAAAUUUAUACAUGCGUUGAAAUAUGCGGACAUACCUCUGCUUUUAUUCAUACGUUAGUUAAUGAAAAAUCUGUUACUAUACCAGGAUGUGGUUCAAAAUACUGUGAAUGGAAUAAAUUUAAAGAAUUAAUAGGUGAUAAAUUAAAUUGUAAUUUUAAAGAAAUUUGUAAAGUUUAA